GAAACUGCCCAUAACUUCUUGGAAAUCAGUCUUCUCCCCCUCCCUCUCUCUCUGGCGUCAUCCAACCCCACCAUAAUGAGACACCUUCAUCGGUGCUGGUGUUGAACUCGAACUCGAACUCGAACUCAGUCGCAGAAAAUGGAAGGGAGACCUCAACACCAAGCACAAGCUGAGGACGAUCAUCAACGUGCGGACCAACAAAUGGAGGAAGAAGAAGAAGAAGAAGAACAAGAACAAGAAAAGCGUCAAAGUUCGGCUGCACCUCCGCCUUCUUCAUCCCACUCUAAACCCAGCAAACCCACAACGCCGCCAGGCCCCGGAGACGACGAGCUGCCGUCCCCGAUGCCGUCGCCGCUCCACCCGAUCGAUUCGCCCUCCCACUUGUCGCUCUCCUCGGACCAAAGCUCCAUCAGCCGCUUGUCCUCCCCACGAGAAGACGCCCUCGCCAAUUGGCCCCCACCCACCACCGCGAACCCGGAUUCUCCGCCGCAACUGCGGCCGCUUCCGCUGGCUGUGGCGGCUUCUGUGAAGCGGUCGGUGAGGGACGGCCCGGGCCCGCUGACCGUGGUGGAUCCGGGUGCUGAGAGCGCUCAGGUCAAGCAAGAAAGCGGCGCCGUCGCCGGAGACAGCGCCGCCACGGCUGGCGUCGGAGGAGGAGGUGACGGGAGUGGGAGGGUGAGGCCGAACUUGUCGAUACUGAGGAGGGCUAGGAGAGAUAGAAUGGUGAGGAGGGCACUGUUGGUGCUGAGGGUGUGUGGGCUUGUGUUGUGCUUGGUGUCUUUCUCUGUUAUGGUGGCUGAUAAGAACCAGGGUUGGGCUCUUGAUUCCUUCUACCGAUACAGGGAGUUCAGGUACAUUGUAGCAGUGAAUGCGAUAGGAUUUGUGUAUUCAGGGCUGCAAGCUUGUGAUGUCUCUUAUUUCUCAGCAACCGGAAAGGGUGUCGCUCGGUUCCGUCUCCGGCAUUACCUGGACUUUUUCCUGGAUCAGGUAAUGAGUUAUCUGCUGUUAUCUGCAUCAUCAUCAGCUGCAACGAGAGUUGAUGAUUGGGAAUUGAACUGGGGAGAGGACAAGUUCCCGCAGAUGGCAACCGCGUCUGUGGCUCUCUCCAUCCUGGCUUUCAUGGCCUUUGCUCUCUGCUCCAUCAUCUCCGGUUACACGCUUUGUACCCUCCGUUCCUCGUAAACGUCAAAACAUAUGAAUGACCUGCCUAAUUUUAAUUUUUGUUUGGUCGUUCAAUUUCCUCUGUGUGUAUGUAUGUAUUAAAUCUACUCAAUGCAGUUUUGAUGCAAUAUAUGAGUAGUGUAGAUCAGCAUAACAGAAGAUUUCACUGUUUGAUCGAA